AAGGACGAGGAUGUGGAUGGUAGCGGUGAAUCAGAAGAUGAUUUGAUGAGGGAUUACAUCGAUAAAAGUGAUUCCAUUCAGCAGUUAUUCUUUGACUUUGAGGCAUAUCCGCUUGCUGAUACGGAUAAGAUUGGCAUCAUUGAUAUGUUAACUCAGAUAUUCUUGAGAGCAAAUAUUGACUUAGAUGGUAUGGCAGCAGAGCUGAUAGAGCAGUCGCCAUUUGGUUGUGUUUUUAAGCCUGCUGAUGAUACUGCUGAUGAGGAUAAUGAAGAUAUGUUAUUUGGCGUUGUUUCGAUGUUAGAAAUGACAACUUCAAAGAAGUAUGGAAGUGACAUAUGGAAUUUGUUGAGGGAUCGUGCGAAGAAAUUUGGACAAGAAAAGAAUAUUUUAUCUUAUUUAGAAUCGUUGAAUAUUAAUUUGAAUAAUAAUAAUAAUAACAAUACAAGAGUGGGAUUAUUUAUCAAUGAACGUAUGUUACAUUUCCCACCGUCGAUAUGUUCACCAGCCUUCAGGUCUUUGAGAGAGGAUAUUUUAUCAAACGGUAAUAAGUAUCGUUUUGAUAUUAUUGUUAUGAUACAAAAGAUUCGAAUUGCGGAUAAUCAAAGUGGUGCAACCAGUAAACAACAUAAUAAGAAGAAGACUAGUAAAAAUGAUUAUACUAAUAAUAAAUCUCAGCAUAUUAUCUAUGAUAAUCCCGAGGAAAAACUUUUGUUGGAACGAUUUGAAGAGAGUGAUGCUGAUAAUUUGAUAAGGUAUUUCGACUAUCCGGUACAGUCGGAUGUCGAAAAGGAGUCGAAAUUCAAUUCAAUAGUAAUAAAUGAUGUUAAUUAUAGACCGUACAGGCGUGUGUGUUUUUUGAAUGCACAACAGUUUGAUCAUUUUAUUGAAUGUGUUAUUAACAAUUAA